AACUAUACCUGAUCCAAAGGCAUACAACGUUGAACAUGUCAAAAAAGUAACUGAGGACUAUUCAAGAGUCUCGUUUACGGAGUUGACGAUGGAACCGUCGACGGAAAUCUGACGUAUAAAGCAAUGGCCACUCAGGCUUAUAGCAAUACGUUUCAUGUAGCAAACAUGUUUCUUGUGGUAUACUGCAAGGACAAGUACCGGGUGAAUGGAUCUUGCUGGACUGAUUAUAAAAAAACCGAUGAGCAUAUUAUGAUGGUUUAUAUGUUGGAGAGAAUUGUAUUCUAUUGGAACAACAAUAGCAGCAAUCCUGCGGUGCCAUCAGGGUCCGGUAGAAUGUCUGACCUCGCCGCAGAAAAUCCCUUUUUGCCUCUGCAUUUGGCCGUGAAUAAUUGGAUUGCUCGUAAUAUGAUCAUUUCUUUGUUGGGUAAUACCAAGAAACUGCGCCCAAACCCCGUAGCAAGUGUCGAAUCUUCUGGAUCCAUGUCAGGCCCCAUGGCUGCGCUCAACAUGAAUACCAUUCCUCGUUCCCCCAUGGCUGCGCUCAACACGAAUACCACUAUUUCUCGUUCCGCUGAAUCGGAUACAUAUCUGGAGCAUGAUUUCAGACCAGUAUAUUUGGAAGGGGGUGAUAAAUCGAUGAUAAUUUAGGAAAAAUGACAAGGGUCCUUUAUAUACAUAUUGAAUUCGACCUCCUUCUUAGACAGGGCUAGAUGACAGGCAAGAUUAUGACUGACAUGCCAUAUCUUGAAAGUAAGUAAUCCAAUGAGAAUCAUAUAAUAGAAGAAAGAGUGGUACACGUUUCUAUAAUAGGUCUGUAGUGUCACUUGACGCGUACAUUUAAAAGUCAUCAAAGUACAUUCAAAAAUUUAUCAUGUUUGUACUUUUAAACCUCGCUUGUCAUUGGCCUCCGCUAAU